AUGGAACUAUAUUCCACAGAUUGGUUCCGGGUUUCAUCAUACAAGGUGGCGAUCCAACUGGAACGGGAAGCGGCAAGCGGAAGUUCUAUAUAUGGAUCACCGUUUGCCGACGAAUUCCACAGUCGCUUACGGUUCGUACGUCGUGGACUAGUUGCCAUGGCCAAUGCAGGGAGUAAUGAUAAUGGUAGUCAAUUUUUCAUAACGCUUGAUCGCACAGAAGAGUUGCAAAACAAACACACGAUUUUUGGAAAGGUUGCUGGAGAUACGAUCUUCAACGUGAUUAAAAUGGGGGAGGCUGAAAUCGAUAAUGACGAGAGACCGUUGUAUCCGACGACUAUAAUAUCUACAGAAGUGUUAUAUAAUCCAUUUGAUGAUAUAAUUCCGAGAAUAACAGCUGAGGAGCAGCGAAGGAUUGCAGAGGCUACAGCCGCAAGUCAGGAAAAGCCAAAAAAAAAGAAAGCCAAGAAAAAUGUUGCCCUAUUAUCAUUUGGGGAUGAGGCGAAUGAAUUGGAGGACAUUAAUGGUGGAAUCAAAAGCAGUCAUGAUUUAGUGGAGAAUGAUCCGCGACUCAGUAAAGAGGUGGCAGCUUUUGAUUUUACGGACAAGGAGAAAACGUUAAAAGAGACCAAGGAAAGGGUACGUAAUGCGAUCGAUCGUUCAGGCGGUGAUGAGACAGCCGAGGAUUUUGACAGAAAAAUGAAAGAGACUGUAAAGAAACAAGUGCUAGAGUCUAUACGAGCGGAGGAACUCAAGAAUAGCUCGGGACCGAAUUCGAGUAAAAUAGAUGUAAUCCGACAGGAGAUCCAACAAGUAUUAGAGCGCCUACGAGGCUUCCAACAAAAAUUACACACCGUUGCCGCCGAGGACACCAUAAUAUUAUCCUCACAGCCAGAGGAUACAGAACCAUGUUCUCUUCACUCUGUUCCCAAUUGUCUCUCAUGUCGUGACACGUUUGGUCAAUCAAAUGCCACUGAUACCGACGAAGGAUGGCUAUCACACCAGCUUGUCUUUGAGAAAGAUUACAAGGGAAAAGAUCUAAUGCAGAGGAGAGAUGACCCUAACGAUUAUGUUGUAAUAGAUCCUUUAGAGCGAAAGAAACAGGCCAUAGAGGAACAGCGCGAGAAGAGGGCACAAAGAAGUGAUAUUGGAGAGGCAUUCCAGCCCGUUAUUAUCAACAUGGACUGCGAGAUCUGCCAUAGCUAUCAACGAAAAUUUUAUUGCAUCAACUGUUUACGAGAAAGACUACGAGCACACCAUGUUGAUAUGAAACAAAUCACACAAGAUAAGCAGAAGUAUGUAGACCGUGCUAGUAAACUAGUGAACAAUGGGCUACGAGAUCAACUCAAAAAUAUAGCGGAAAAGCACGCGAGAACUCAGAAUAUAAAGAGAGUAGCGAGGGAGACUGAGCGGCUGCGCGAGGAGAUAGUACGAGGUAGUGCAUCAAAAAAUUUACUUUUUGCAAUUGAUUAA